AUGGCACGUCGUCCUGCGAGAUGUUACCGUUACUGCAAGAACAAGCCCUACCCAAAGUCUCGAUUCAACCGUGGUGUCCCCGACCCCAAGAUUCGUAUCUUCGACCUUGGCCGAAAGCGUGCGAACGUCGAUGAGUUCCCUCUCUGCAUCCACUUGGUCUCCAACGAGUACGAACAAUUGAGCUCCGAGGCUCUCGAGGCUGCCCGUAUUUGCGCCAACAAGUAUUUGGUCAAGAUCGCCGGAAAGGAAGGUUUCCAUCUCCGCGUCCGCGCUCACCCAUACCAUGUUGUCCGUAUCAACAAGAUGUUGUCUUGCGCUGGUGCCGAUAGACUGCAAACUGGAAUGCGUGGUGCUUGGGGUAAGCCAAACGGAACCGUUGCCCGUGUCAACAUUGGUCAAAUCAUCUUGAGUGUCCGAACUCGUGAUUCCCACCGUGCCACCGCUCUCGAGGCUCUCCGUCGAUCACAAUACAAGUUCCCUGGUCGCCAAAAGAUCAUCGUUUCCAAGAACUGGGGUUUCACUCCUCUCCGCCGUGAAGAGUACAUGGAGAAGAAGGCUGGAGGCAAGGUCUUGGUUGAUGGUGCAUAUGUCCAAUUCUUGAGCAACCACGGCAAAUUGGCCGACAACGUCCGAAGAUUCCCAGCUGCUUUCCAAGAGGCAUAG